UUAAGUGUAAUUUCAGAGGAGUGGCUCUUGGAGACUCCUGGAUCUCCCCCAUUGGUGAGUAGAGGUCACACCACCAGAUUUCGGUCAGACUAUACAAUACACGCGGUACGUGUCACAUUCUGGCCCCUCACGUCAUACUGCAGAGUUGGUAGUAAAGCUGAAGGAGAUUGUACCAGCAGAUUGGAAGAUAUCACACACACAGGUACAAGCAGAUUGGAAGAUAUCAGACACACAGGUACCAGCAGAUUGGAAGAUAUCACACACAGGUACAAGCAGAUUGGAAGAUAUCACACACACCGGUACAAGCAGAUUGGAAGAUAUCACACACACAGGUACAAGCAGAUUGGAAGAUAUCACACACACAGGUACCAGCAGAUUGGAAGAUAUCACACACACAGGUACCAGCAGAUUGGAAGAUAUCAGACA